UGAGAGAGGCGAGACAAACAUGGAAUUGCCAUUUUGGUUAGCGCUGUAGUGCUUGUAGCAACAGCUCCUACACUAACUGUGUGAAAACUUAAAAAUAAUUGUACUGUUAGUUAUUAAGAUCUUCAGUAAAGAGAAACAAACUCCAUUAUAGGACAACAUUUGACCAGUGGUGGUGGAAGCCAUCAACUUGGAAGCAUGUCUGGGAAACCAAAACUUACCUACUUUAAUGGCAGAGGACGAAUGGAACCGAUCCGGUGGUUGUUAGCAGCAGCUGGAGUCGAGUUUGAAGAAACAUUUUUGGAAGAAAAAGAACAGUAUUUGAAAUUAAUCAAAGAUGGACACUUGCUGUUUGAUCAAGUCCCAUUAGUGGAGAUUGAUGGCCUGAAGCUGGUCCAGACCAAAGCCAUUCUGCACUACAUAGCAGAGAAGUACAACCUUCAUGGGAAGGACCUGAGAGAAAGGGCACAAAUUGACAUGUAUGUGGAAGGAACAAUGGAUCUGAUGGGAAUGCUUCUGGUGUAUUAUUUCUCUCCACCUGAGGAAAAGGAGAAGCAGCUUGCUUCCAUCAUUGAGAAGGCGACAACCAGGUACUUCCCAGUCUAUGAGAAGGCUCUGAAACAGCAUGGACAAAAGUUUCUUGUUGGCAAUUGCUUCAGCUGGGCAGAUGUACAGCUGCUUGAAGCAAUUUUAACGAUGGAGGAGCAAAAACCUGAUAUUCUAGCCCAGUUCCCUCAACUACAGGCUUUCAAAGCAAGAACAAGCAAUAUUCCCACCAUUAAGAAAUUCUUGCAGCCUGGGAGCCAAAGGAAGCCACCACCUGAUGAUGCAUAUCUGGCCACUGUGCUGAAGAUUUUAACAGAUGCCUAAGAAUUGAAACAUACAUCCUGACUGCUUUUCCAGAUCCAUGCAAAUACUGAUUAUCAGAGGGCAAUGCCAUGAAAUGAUCUGCUUCAUAAUUAAAAAGCAAUGAAUGAAUGUUAAGUAAUCAUUGCUUUGAGUGUAACUUGUUUUAAGGUGUGUUAAGUUCUUACCAUUAAAACCUUCGAUGUUAAAUUUU